CUGAACGGACCAGCUUUAUCCCGAAACAACUCCUGCCGGCGCACCCGGUAUGUGAAGCGCCAUGGUGAGCUAUGCUGAGCUGCUUCUUUUGGGACUCCCGGUCGCUGGUCGGCCUGAAGCGCCGAAAGAGGCGCCCCCAGCCCCAACGGAGGAUCCUCGCGCCGAUGCCAGGCAGACCGGGGAUGCGAAGCCGAAGCUGGCGCUGUUGGAUGAGGCAACCGAGGCGGCCCUCACAGCUGCAGCCGCCGCUUUAGGCGAAGCCUUGGAGGAAGGAGCCGGCGCCUCGCAGCCCGAGCGGCAGGAGUUGCCGGUGCCGGGCGCCUUUCUCAUCCAGAGGGCCUUUUCUUCGGAGGAAGCCCAGCGCCUGGCGCGUGCGGUGACCCUGGCACAUGGCGGCCGUGCCCCAAGGACUGCCGCGGAGCAUCGCCGGGCGUCGCAGCACCAUCGCGCGGUGCAGGUGCCGCUGGACAUCCUCGCGAGGCGUCUACGCCCACUCCUGCCAGCCCACGCUGGGCCGAAGUCUUCGGCGGUGCUGGAGGCGUCUUCGGCGCAGGAAGUCCCACUGCAGCGUAGUGACCGUUGCACAGUGGCCUUGGUAAAUCGGGUUCCUUAGCAAGGAAUGAGAAUGGAUCCUAAGGUAUCUAUAGUCGGGCGUCAUUCUCUACUAAGCACCAUGCAGUCAGCAUAGAGACCUCCCAAAGAACCGCAGGAAGGUUCGGC